AGGGAGGAGAAUGGGCUUCCAGGGAUAGCAUCUUUGAUAGAGCAGCGCUGGGCAGGCUCAGGGGAGCGGAGGGAAAGCUCCAGCCUGAUACCUGCCAGGCUGAGUCCCCUGAAAGAAAGGGCCGAGAAGGUGCAAGGGCCAAAGGGAAGUGGCCCUGGGAGCACGAGCUGUAGAGGGGAGAGAAGGAGGGCAAGUCAUAGCUGCCGCCAGAAGGUCCCUGGGCCAGGACCGAGAGUAGGGUCCCCUCCUCCCACUUACACUUCACCUGGCUGUGGAGGAGCAUGGCCUGAUACAGACUGUGGCUUGCCCCUGAGGCAAGGGGCUAGACUCCGGGGCUGCAGUUGGCCAUGAGGGCAGGUGCAGACUGAGGACUGUGGAUACCCCUGGAAGUGGAGCGCAGCCAGAGGGCUGGGUCCAGAAGAGGAUGCCACAAGUCAGGAAGCAACACGGGUCCCAGACAGCACAGCAGAGCAGACAACGGGUGAAACACCACCGGCAGAGGGCACUCCACAGCUGGACAGAGCUAAUUCCUGGAGCAACCAGCAGGAGGCGCCGCGAUGAGGAAACCCAGUCCCUCAGAUCUGGAAUAUGAACCUUAUUUGACCACAUUGAUCAUGGCUUCCCCAGAUGUGGAGUGCACAGUGGAUAAAAGUUCUUUGCCCAAAGUUGGUGCAGAUGAUUUGCACCAGACCGUGCCAGCAGAUUUAUCUCCGGACAUUAAAUGCCCUGUGUGCUUGGAAAGAUUUGACAAUAUGUUUUGCUUAAACCCUUGCUUAUAUAAGUCCUGCUUUUCUUCUGUCCAGGAGUGGUCAGAAGCCAAAGCAGAGUGCCCACUCUGCAAGCAGCCUUGCCAGUCUGCGUUUCACAGUGCAGGGUCUGAAGAAGAUUCAAAGGAAUAUGUCUCUAUGCCUUCAGAAAAUUGCGCUUUGUCUAAACUUGAUCUGUGCGGACUUCCCUAUCCCACCUCAAGAGAAACUGAUACCGCAGUUUCUCUUUGCAGGAGUUCCUCAUCUCAACUGACUGAAGAUAUGACAUCAAAUAUUCAGUUUUCUGAUCAACGAAUACAUCGAGGAGAUCACGAAAUUCAUGAAGUGAUAGGAUUGUUUGCAAUAAGGAGACAGAUUAGUGCAGAUAGAUCAUACCUGGGACCAAGUCAGAAAGAGUCUGCAUUUCAUUUCAUCCCAGUUUUGCAGCGCUUUGGAGUACAGGUUCAAGAUCCUCAUCCUCACAGAGACUUUUCAGCCAGGUCACAGAUGCCAAGCCUAAUGAACAUGAUAGUGGUGCUGGUUUCUUCUGGUGUUUUACUAUUUGUCUGUUUUUAUUUGUAUUUAAGUGUUAUUCUGUUACAUAAAUAAAACCCAGUUG